GUUAUUGAGUUUAGUACAUUCUGACAUUGAAAUGGGAGAAGCAGCUCAAGUGGAGUUUCAGUAUUUUGUGCUAAACACCGGCGCUAAGAUGCCAUCUGUAGGUCUUGGUACUUGGAAGGCCCCUCCCAACGUGGUCCGCGAGGCCGUUAUCACUGCAGUAAAGGCUGGUUAUAGGCAUAUCGAUUGCGCCAAAAACUAUGAUAACGAACAAGAGAUCGGAUCAGCUCUGAAGGAAUUAUUCUCAGAUGGGGUGGUGAGUCGAAGUGACAUGUGGAUCACAUCUAAGUUGUGGUCCGGUGAUCAUGCACCUGAGGAUGUUUCAAAGGCGUUGACAAAGACCUUAGCUGAUUUGCAACUUGAUUACAUCGACCUUUAUCUGAUACAUUGGCCAGUUCGGACCAAGUCAGGCACCAGAGGCUGGGAUCCUCAACUCAUGGUUCCCCUCUGCCUUGCCGAGACUUGGGCUGCAAUGGAAGGCCUUUAUGCUUCUGGCCAAGCGCGUGCUAUUGGAGUUAGCAACUUCUCUACAAAGAAGCUUGAAGAUCUGUUUACUUACGCCAAGAUCCCCCCUGCAGUGAACCAAGUGGAAUGCCACCCUGGUUGGCAGCAGCCUUCUCUUCAUGCCCUCUGCAAUUCAAAAGGCGUCCAUUUAUCUGCAUACAGUCCACUUGGGUCAUCUGGGACUUGGAUGAAAGGGGAAAUAUUGAAGGACCCAAUAUUAAUUGAGGUAGCAGAGAAGAUUGGGAAGUCACCAGCACACAUAGCUCUCAGAUGGGGACUCCAAAGUGGCCACAGUGUCCUUCCUAAGAGUGUGAAUGAGUUGCGGAUUAAGGAAAAUCUUGACAUAUUUGAUUGGUCUAUUUCUCCAGAGCUUUUCUCGAAAUUAUCUAGCAUUCCCCAAAAAAGGUUGAUGAAAGGUGAGUUUGCAGUCCAUGAAACUUGUAGUCCAUACAAAACCCUUGAAGAACUGUGGGAUGGAGAAAUCUGAUGGAUGCCAUGAAAUCAAACCUAUCUAUGCAUUUGUUUCUCAUUGAACUAGUUGUUUUUCAUCAUUUUCAUUACCUUUAGUAAGAAUAUUAAAACUGCCAUUAUUGUCAAAAACUUUCGUAUUUCAUUUUCCAAAUAAAAGUUCAUAAGGACGAGGAUAUUAUAGAAAUGUAUGAACUAUGCCUGGUUUUUUUAGGUUUGGCUCUUUGCAGUUGA